AUGAGUGCUUGGCAACCUUCUGCUCAAGGUCUUUCUGACCUCUUACAGCUCUUACGUGAAGCCAUCAACCCCACCGACGGCCAAAAUGUCCAAGAGAGACUCGAAUACUUUAACAAAAUCCCUGACUACAACAACUAUUUGGUCUACAUCUUGACCCAAAUGCCACAAGAAGAUCAGUACAUCCGUUCUGUUGCAGGCUUAACCCUCAAGAAUAACAUUCGCUCUCAUUAUCCCAAUAUUUCACCUCAAGUGCUUGAGUACGUCAAGGAGUGCUGUCUUCAACACAUCGGUGACGCUGCUGUCGGCAAGCCUGUCAGUUUGGUUAUCGCCUCCAUCGUGGCUCGUGGCAAUAUUCAAAACUGGCCUCAAGUGCUUCAGGUCUUGUUGGAGAAAUUGGACGAUUCUAGCAACCCCACUAUGGUCGAAAACGCGUUUAGCACCUUCCAAAAGAUUUGUGAGGACUCUUCCCGCGACCUGGAUAGCGUUAUUGGCGGCGUAAAACCCUUGGAGUACAUGAUUCCCAAAUUCAUCGCCUUUUUCGAUCACCCUGAAGGAAAGAUUCGUUUGAAUGCCAUUACCUGUGCCUCUCAGUUCAUCACUCUUCGCUCAGAGCCUUUGAUGACUAGAAUCAAUGAAUUCUUAAUUGCUCUCUUCAAUAGAGCUCAAGACGACAAUAUCGAUGUUCGCAAGGCUGUCUGCCAAUCUCUAGUGAGUCUGUUGGAGGUGUGCCCUGAAGUUCUUUUACCUCACAUGCCUGAUUUGGUGGAUUACAUGCUCUUCUGUACUCAAUCUGAUGAUUGCGAUCUUGCUCUUGAAGCUUGUGAAUUCUGGCUCGUUUUUGCCGAGCAAGAUGAGCUGCGUGAUCACCUCCGUCCCUUCCUCCAGAAGGUGGUUCCUGUCUUACUCAAGGGUAUGGUAUACUCUGAAAUUGAUCUCAUGACGCUUGGUGGCGAUGAAGACGAUGCCCAUAUUGCCGAUGAUGAACAAGAUAUCAAGCCUCGUUUCCACAAGGCCAAUGUUGUCGAAAACGAACUCACAACCAAAGAGGAUGAAGCUGCUAACGCUGACAAGAAGAAGAGUGGUUUGCUCGACGAUGAUGAUUCGGAUGUGGAUGACGACGAGGACGAUGAUGACUAUGAUGAUUUCGAAGAUGACGAGUUUUACGGGGAGUGGAAUUUGAGAAAGUGCAGUGCUGCUACGCUUGAUGUGUUGUGUACUUCCUUUGAAACCGAAGUCAUCCACAUCUUGAUUCCUCUCUUGAAGGGCGAGUUGGAGAGCAGUGAUUGGCUUCACAGAGAAUGCGGUAUCUUGGCUCUCGGUGCUGCUGCUGAGGGUGGUAUGCAAGAGAUUGCCCCUCAUCUCCCCGAGCUCGUUCCUUACUUGCUCAACAAUUUGAAUGACCCCAAGCCUCUUGUUAGAUCCAUCACAUGUUGGACUUUGGGUAGAUAUUGUGGUUGGAUUGUUCAAAGCGCUAGACAAAGCCCUGAAGCUCGCCAACACCUUCUUGAACCUCUCACUCAGAUCCUUUUGCAACGCAUUUUAGACAACAACAAGCGUGUCCAAGAAGCUGCUUGUUCGUCUUUCUCUUUGCUCGAAGAAGAAGCUGCUAUGGAUUUGGUGCCCUAUCUUCAACCUAUCCUCACAACUCUCUGCAGUGCAUUCAGCAAAUACCAACACAGAAACUUGCUGCUUCUUUACGACACUGUGGGCACCUUGGCCGAUGUUGUAGGAGAUACUUUGAACAACCCUCAAUACAUUGAUGUGAUUAUGCCGCCCCUCAUCAGCAAAUGGCAGGAAAUCUCAGACGAUAGCACAGAUUUGUUCCCCUUGUUAGAAUGUCUUUCAUCUGUCACAACCGCUUUGGGUAAGGGAUUCAAGCCUUUUGCUGAGCCUGUCUACUCUCGCUGCGUUGUUCUCGUUUGCAAAACUUUGGAGGAAUGUCGUUUGUGCGCUAUGGACCCUACUUUAGAUGAGCCCGACAAGGACUUUAUGAUUGUUGCUUUAGAUUUACUUUCUGGUAUCGUCCAGGCUCUGAACACGGAUGCCGAACCUUUGGUCGCAAGCACUAAUCCUCCUGUCGUCCAACUCUUGUCUCUCUGUAUCCAAGACGAAGUUGCCGAAGUGCGUCAAUCCACAUAUGCUCUUCUCGGUGAUCUCGCCAUCUCUUGUUUCGAGCAUAUCCGUGCCGUGGUUCCUCAAUUCAUGCCUCUUUUACUGCAACAAAUUGAUCCUCAAGCCGAGCAUUUGUCUGUCUGCAACAAUGCCACCUGGGCUGCUGGUGAGAUUGCUCUCAAGUGGGGUGCUGAAAUUCAAGAAUACGUAGAACCCUUGUUGCAGCGCUUGUUCCCUCUCAUGGUCAACCCUCAAAUUCAACGCACUCUCUUGGAAAAUGUUGCCAUCACAAUUGGUCGUAUUGGUCUCGUCUGCCCUACCCUGGUCGCUCCCCAUCUUGAGAUGUUCAUCCAUCCUUGGUUAGCAGCUCUUACGCCCAUUCGUGAUAAUGAAGAAAAGUCCUCUGCUUUCAGUGGUUUAUGCGAAAUGAUCAAGGUCAAUCCCCAAGGCGCUGUCAAGGAGUUCCCUGCCUUCUGUACUGCUGUCGCAAACUAUCAAAAUGUCACACCUGCUUUGCACGAAGCUUUUGGUAACAUCUUGCUAGGUUAUAAGAACAUGUUUGGUGAGGUUCAAUGGCAGCAAGGUUUGACAUCAAUGCCACAAGAAGUAAGAGCUCCUUUACAAGAGCGUUAUGGCAUCUAA